AUGUCUCAGGCUACAGGGUCUUAUGGCUGCGGCUAUACAUGUCCUGCCUUUGGGCCUUCUGAGAAUGAGGGCGUUCAUGAAGUGGGUUUUAACUCUUCAUCUCAGCCCUUUAAGCGAUCUCCGCCGCUCUGUCACAGUGACGUGCUCGUGCACAGCAGCGCUGCGCCACUGGAGGAACGCAGAGUUCUACGCACAUGGGACCCCUCUUGGGGCGAUUAUGCUGCGGAAAAUAGUGUGUCUACUGUGGAGGAGGUUCGGCCAGCCAACCGUAGAUCUCUUCGCCUCGCGCGAAAACGCCCAUUGUCCUAUGUUCUUCUCGCUACGGGACGAGGACGCCCCCCUCGGCGUGGACGCACUGGCCCACCCCUGGCCCAACGUGCUGCUCUAUGCAUUUCCUCCCCUUUGCCUCAUAACGCCGUCUCUGGCCAGGGUGAGGGAACAGAGCUUGACCAUGAUUUUGAUAGCUCCCAGGUGGCCCAAGCCGCCGUGGCUCUCAGAGAUUAUCCCUCUGCUGUAUGCCCAGCCAUGGCCCCUCCCACUUCGCACAGACCUUUUGUCUCAAGCGAACGGGGAAAUUUAUCACCCGCACCCGGACAGGGUGGCCCUCUGGGCCUGGCCCGUGAGAGGGCCAAUUUAAACACAUUGGGGCUCCCCCCACGUGUUGUGGCCACCAUUCAGUGUGCCAGAGCCUCUUCAACACGGUCUCUUUAUGACUGUAAGUGGCGGGUGUUCGAAGAGUGGUGUGAAGGGCGACGGGUAACGUCAUAUCAGUGCUCAAUCACCGACAUCUUAUGCUUUUUGCAGGACCUUAUGGACAAGGGAAGAUCCUUUUCCACUAUUAAGGUCUAUUUAGCGGCUAUCGCUGCAUGUCAUGUGGGGUUCGACAGUGCUACGGUGGGGCAACACCCCCUUAUUCGUAGGUUUAUGAAGGGCGCACGCCGCUCUCUUCCAGUCCCCAGGAGAGUCGUUCCUGAAUGGGACCUCUCCAUGGUGCUGGACGCAAUGUCUCAACAGCCGUUUGAGCCCCUGGGGAGUAUUUCCCUUAAGAAUUUGUCUUUCAAGACAGCUUUGCUCUUGGCCUUGGCAUCUGCCAAGCGGGUCAGUGAUAUGCAUGCACUCUCUGUUCAUCCCUCAUGCACUAAAUUCUCUCUCAGUGGAGAUAAGGUUUUUCUCAGGCCCAACCCGGCCUUUAUGCCAAAAUGCUUCCUGGCAUUCACGUGUGAGGUGAUUGAGCUUUCCGCGUUCCACCCAGCUCCUUUCUCCUCCACAGAGGAUCAGAGGUUGAAUGCUUUGUGUCCUGUACAUGCCCUGUGGGCGUACUUAGACAGGACCAGCUCGUUUAGAAAAGGCGACCAGCUUUUCAUCUCUUGGGGCCCCCCGCACUCAGGGAACCCCAUUUCCAAGCAACGCCUUUCUCAUUGGCUUGUGGAAGCUAUAUCUUUGGCAUAUGAAUCAAAGGGAGUGCAGCCCCCAGAGGGCAUCAGAGCUCACUCCACUAGAGGUAUGGCUGCCUCUUGGGCUCUAUUUAAGGGAGUCUCUUUGCAGGACAUAUGUGACGCUGCAAGCUGGGCCUCUCCCCAUACGUUUGCCAGAUACUACCGGCUAGAUGUUACCAGAACCCCGGUAGCUCAUUCUGUCCUGGGUGUCGGCUCUUUGUAG